AUGCAGUGGCGGUCACUGGAGAUCGUACAGCUCGAGUGGGCUAAGGGAUCCGACGGUAUCCUCGUGAUGGUGGUUCGCUGCUCCAGUCAGUGCGUCACCUCGACCAAUGGGAAAGCAGGCGAGGAAGGAGUCCCGGGUGGAAGAACGAGGGCAAUGAGGCGUGUGAAGAACCAGAGCGAACGAUCUGCUCUGCUCUGCUCUGCUCUGCUCUGCACUGCUCCUGGCAUUGCCAAAAUUGACAGUUAA